GGGUAUAAAAAAGGCUGGGACGCAGCGCGGAGCUCUCAAGCAAAGAGCCGACGCGAGUCGGUGGGAGCGGUCAGGAGCUUCGAACGCGCCGUGCUCCUUUUCGGCGGGGUCCUCGGCGUUAAAAUAAAUAGAUACAUAAAAAGAGUCGGCGGAGUCCUCGGCGGCUUUCCCGCGCAAUUUCUGCUCCUUCCCGGGGAGUCUACUUCAAGCGUCACGGAGCGGAGCCAGAGUCCCCACAGGGAAAGCAGCCACAACCGGCCGGUGCCGAACGCGAGCGGGAGUGUCGCGCCUCGACCCUGCGCGGAAGCGGGGAUCGAAGGUAGCAGGAUGGCAGCAGCCGCCGCCGCCAAGCCCGCCGAGUUAAUGGGCAUCUGCUCGAGUUACCAGGCGGUGAUGCCGCACUUCUUGUGCAUCGCCGAGGAAUUCCCUCAACCGAUCCGGCCCGCCAAGCUGGCCAAAGGCAAGUUGCGCAGACCCCGCCAGUCCCGCUUCAAGACGCAGCCGGUGACCUUCGACGAGAUCCAAGAGGUGGAGGAGGAAGGGGUCUCCCCCAUGGAGGAGGAGAAAGCCAAAAAGUCUUUCCUGCAGUCCCUCGAGUGCCUCCGCCGCAGCACCCAGAACCUCAGCUUGCAGAAGGAGAAGAAGCUGAGCAGCUGCAGCCGCCUGAGGAACAGCCUGGACUCCUCGGACUCCGACUCGGCUCUCUGAAGACGGGAGCUGCGCCUCGACUGGGCUCGGGCGCGCCUCACCCACCGCAGGAGAGAUCCUGGACUGUGCAACCGCCCCACCGCACCCCCGGCUCUCUGCUUCAUACUGAAGUUGGCGGAGGAACUCUGUGGAAGGGGGCGAGGGGAAAAAAAAAAAGGGACAGUUUCUGAAAAGACUUGAUUACAAAUAAACCUUCAUUUCGGCUUUCCCCUCCUCGCACAAGAAUAGCCUUUCGACGCUCCGGUUUAUAUUGUAUGAUAAAUCUAAAUCCUUGCAAGGACUUGACAAGACGGAAUCCCAUUCCCACCUCCAAUUAUUUUCUUUUCUUUUUUUCUUUAUCAACCCUAAGAUCCACUACGAAUGUGGUAAAUUCGAAGAGCAGUCUGCAAAUCUGCGCAGUCUUGAGAGAGAAAUAUUUUAUUUGGGUUAAAAGUGCUUGUAUGUUUCUAGCCUGGCUGUUUGAGGUUUUUUUUUUUUUCUUUGCAAUAUGAAGAAAAUAUUUAAAACAUUGCACAUCUUUUUCUAAACGUUGAAGGGGAAGAUGGAAGUUUUAUGAAUGCAAUCAGCUGCUGGACUUUAUAUUUAUUUUUGCAUUUAAACUCUAGACUGCAUUAAUUUAAUAUGUUUCUACCUGAAUGCCUGUAAUUAUUUCCACAAAAGAGAAAUAAAGCUGAUAUAUUUGCACAAUG